AUGAUGCAGUAUCCAGCAGGCGCGAGCCUCUUCGCGGGUGGCACAGAUCAAAGUGGCCGCAGCGACGGCAGCGGCAGCGGCAGCGACGGCAGCGACGACCGAAUGGAUGUUGACAUGGGAAAAGACAUGCACGUGUGCGUAAAGAGCACCAUGAUGGAGCCACCUAUCCCCACGCAUGACACAGAACCGGUGAAGAGUCACACGAAACAUGUGCAGGCGAAAGACGAAGCUGCUAUAGACACAUCAAGCGCAAGGAAUGCAAAUGUGCUGUGUGAGCAUGGGAAGGGACACAUGAGCAAAAGUGUGGAGGAGGGGGUUAAUACAGGAAGCGUUGUAGAGCGGGGAGAGGAGGAUAUUUUGUUGAGUCUCCUCAAGAUGAAGGACCUAGUGGCAGACCACAUUAUACAGAAAGGAAAGAAUGAAAAAUGUUAUAUGGAUCAGAUAAACGACUCGAAGAAUUAUUUGAGACAGACAAUGGAACAAGAGAGUAGGAAUGAAGAUUCUUCAAAAAUGUUUCGAUGUGGGUCAGAGUAUAAUGGUUAUUCGCAAUUGCUCGAUUCAGGAUUAGCAUUUACUCAUGUCAAGGUAGUAAGUGGAGUGAUGAUACAUACGUUCAAAUGUUUCCGUCAUGUGGAGUGUGUUGGGGGGGAAGCAUUUGUUCUUACCACAGGGAGUAAAUCAUUAUAUACUGAAAUAUUUAUUAAAGGUAAUCUUUGUAUAUUAAAAAAGGAACCCAUGUUACAAAAUGUGAAUUGUGUGGUGAAGCGUUACCAAUGGACUUUUUUUGAAAAUUGCUACAAUGUACGCUCUGGAAGGAACAGAGCCAUCGCCAUGGGCUACAAAUAUUUUAAUUCUAGUACGAGCGCAAGAAGAUAUGUGCGAAAUUUUAUUUGUGGUAUGAAAAAGAGGUGCAUCAGUCGAUUACGGGUAAUAAAUUAUAAAGGCACGAAAAACACGUGGAUCGAAUUUAACUCUACUUACCAUGAAAAGAAUUGCCUGUUCUACAGACCCUGGGAAUGGGACAACGAGGAGAGGAGUAGGACAAAAAAGAGUGGGGGCAAUGGAUUCAACAAACUCGCAAGUCAUGGCAAAGAAAAAAAAAGGAACACCCGUGAUGGAGGAGGGGGCAUGGAACGACCUGCUGAAAUGAUGAAAGAAAAUCAAAUGGCCUUUUAUAACAAUCCGGUCAUUUCUACCAGUUGCAAAAUAACCCAUGGGAGGAGUUCCUUCGAGCAAGAUUUAAGAAGCGGUGCGGAACAGUUAAAUGCAACGUCUAACUGGGGAAACGACAACGGUGUGACGGUCCUGCUUGAGCAUGCUGCUCAAACUACUUAUCGUGGUCAGGCUGCUUAUGGUGGCCACAGGGCAGCUGACGCACAAAACAACUUCACGUUGAUCCCUCCAAGCCUGAAUCGCCAACUGGGUGCAGUUACAAACCGUUACUCCCAAGUGUACCCCUGCAACGGAAGUGGCGGCCCCCCCAAUAUGAGUCAACCCAAUCAGGUCAGACCAGUACCCGCAUCUGGCCAAGGUCUUGCCACGCGUUAUCAUAGGGGAGCCCACCUAAAUGGAAAGGAUGCUUAUGCAAAGGACGCAUGUGGAAAGGACGCGUAUGCGAAGGUUUUUCUCCCAAGUGGAGAGUGUCAACGGGAAGGCGAAACCCUAAGAAAACAUGGUCCGCGUGGCACUACCGGCAUGUAUAGAAUCUACAAUGGAGUAGACACCACGAGGUUGUUGCCCCUGGAAAAGGAGAAUGGCCCAAAGGAAUACCCCUCCAUGGGUAGCGGCAAUAUACAAGGAGAGGUGGACCCCAGCGUGUGUAAACGCGUGAGCAGUGGCGCCAUCAAUGAGAGACUGCUCAGCACAAGGACAAGGGGACAGAAAAAAAAAAAAAAAAUGAUAAUUGAAGAGAUCAGGGGGGAAGCGACGAGAGAUCGAUGA